UCCGCCUCCUCCUCCUGACUGGAAAUAUCACAAGCACUCGAACGUGACUCGAUCUGGUCGAGGGGGAAAACAAGGGAGGGAGCUAGCUAGCGCUGCCUUACCGUGUCUGCCUCCUCUCGCCAUCCUUGCUGGGGGAUGGGGAACCAAAGCCAGCUAAUCUAGCUGUCUACAAAUAGAAAAUUCACGAGCCGAAUAGUCUGGUGGAGCGACGAACCUGCCGUGAAAUAACCCACGUUACGGAACAUUUGCUUGCUGUAUUAAAUCAAGCCCAGCUUCGUGUGUUUGCUAUAGUUCGGCUUUGGGGAGAACUAGUGUAAAGAGCAAUGGCCCAGGAGACGAACCAGAGCCCGGUGCCCAUGCUCUGUGCCAUGGGCUGUGGUUUCUAUGGCAACCCGCGAACCAAUGGCAUGUGCUCUGUCUGCUACAAGGAACACCUAACACGGCAGCAGAGUAGCGACCGCAUGAGUCCCCUCAGCCCUAUGGGCUCAGCUGCUAGUCCUACCUCAGAGACCUCAGCCAUCCAGAGACUAGAAGCCAGUUUAGCUAAGGUUGAUGCCUCCCCUGUAUCUUCACCCGACAUGUCUAGAACUGUUCAAGGAUCUCUUCCUGUGACUCAACAAAUGACAGAGAUGAGCAUCUCGCGAGAGGACAAGCCAGAACCCCUAGAGCCUGUUGUAAGCCAGCCUGCUGCUUCUAGUCCUACUUCUGUAGCUUCUUCAAGCAGUGAAGAAACCAAGGGUGACACACCCAAACCCAAGAAGAACAGGUGCUUCAUGUGCCGCAAAAGAGUCGGCCUUACAGGGUUCGACUGUCGCUGUGGCAACCUGUUCUGUGGCAUCCACCGAUAUUCCGACAAGCACAACUGUCCCUAUGAUUACAAGGCCGAGGCUGCGGCAAAGAUCCGCAAAGAGAACCCCGUGGUCGUGGCUGACAAGAUCCAGAGAAUAUAGAUUUGACUAAUUGACAGCAUCGGCAGCAACAAUUAUGACACCUUUGACAAAGACUGGAGUGUGAGUGCGAACCUUUGAGCACUGACAUGAGUGGCUAAGUGAGCAAUGAAAGGACUUGAUUUACAAAAUUACAACCUCAAGAAAAUGAUGGGAAUAAAAGAAGAAAAAAAUGAAAAGAUCCUGUCUGAGGGAGAUGCAUGAAUGAUCACUUUUCUCCUUUCUUUUGAUUAAUUCAUUAGUUUGUUUUAUCCUGUUAUCUGUGGUUUGCCACUGUUCAGUCCUUUUUUUUUCUAAGAAUAUGUGUUGUCUUAUGAAAAGCAGCCCAGGCUACCUGUCCAGGAUUUGCUGUGCUCCUCUCACCCAAACGGGGCGCCAUCUUGUGCCAAACAGUAAACAACCAUUUUACUCUCGUGUCAGACACCAAUGGGUCUGUCAAACCAUUCAGACCAUCUAUCCGUCACAUAGGCAGUGUCCCUCAAUAUUUGAAUUCCCUGCUGUGUGCUUCGCUGGUACUGGAGUCAGUGUUUGGAGAGCCGUACAACUGUCCCCCACCGCGCACAAGGGGAUUUGUAAUUUUGUCUCUGUCCUUCCUAGCUUUACCUACCUCACGGCUGCUGUGUUAAGCUUAGUUGUCUUCCCUUUUACUUUGUAUUCAUCAGCUUUGACCCCAGCAGAGCAGUGGAUCAUCUUAAUAUUCAGCCUCAGUGACCUUCUGAUGAGCAUGCCUGUGUUGACUUUGAUGGGCGUGAUUGGGAUGAGGCAUCUUUUUGUAAUGGCUAAAGCUAUCAUGCUAGACGGGGACAAACAAAUGACUCCAUGUUUCGUUGAAUGCACACAGUUUGGGGGGAGGUAAUCUGUGAAGUACCCCCUGCCCCAACUGCUUUGAGCCCAGAUUGUAAUCACAGACACCUGGUGCGUGUCGUGAUGUGUGGCCUGGGAGGAAGGAUGGCACGCUUCCCUGACAGGCCUGGGAGGGAAACUAAGGUCACAAUAUUGAUGAAUGGAAUAAAUGCACGAGUUACUGUUCAUCUGCAUUAGUGUUCAGAAACGUGUCAUCACUCAAGUAAGGGGAUCAGCCAUUUUAUUUGCUGAGAAACAACUGUGUUUUAUUAGCUUUUUUUUCCUUUUUUCCAUUGAGAUUGAUGUUAGCGCAUGUAUUCUGUGCAUUUGUGGAAUUAGGGUAUGAGCCAUAUUUUUUUUCUUUAUGAUGCGCUAACAAAACAUACAUGUGAGCAGUGUGUGUGUACGUGUGAGUGUGUCUGUGGAGCUACCUGGUUUAUCAGCACAUGUUUACAGAACUACAGGAGCAUGCCAGAGCUAGAUUUAUAAAAUUAAUAGAUACCAAGAUUAGAUGUAACUUCUCAUCUGUCUAAUGGCUAUUGGUCUGUGUGUCUGCUAUAGAGCACCAUAGAGAAGUGUGAGUGUGUGUACUUGUGCAUGUGCACAUACCUGUGCAAAAGUGUGUUUUCAUGGCUGCCUGACACAUUAAAACCCACGUAUGUUUGUGACUUGUGUUAAUCCCUGUUUUUCUGUAAGAAUGUGUUUUUCAUUUAACUGUAUGUAUUCAUUUGAGUUUCCUCUUUUCUGAUUCUUAGUUAUAUGCAAAUUUGUACAAAAAAAGAAAAAACAACAAACCGUGUUGAUAUUUAUGUAUUACAUAUAAUCUUGCUAUCCAGCAUUACAACAGAAUAGUAUCAUGUAAAUAAAACUGUACAGAGAGAAAUGAC